AUGAACUCCCUCACUAUCGCUGGUUUCUUCUGCCUUCUCGGCGCUGCUCUCGGUGCCAACGUCGCUGGAUACGGCGUCGGAUACGGACACGCCCUCGGAUAUGGCGGAUACGCCGGAUACGGUGGUUACGGCCGAACGGCCGCUCCUGUUGCCCGCGUUGCCCAUGUCGCCGCCGCCCCUGUGGCCGUUGCAGCACCAGUUGCCCGUGUCGCCCAUGUAGCUGCCACACGGCUACGGAGAUACGGCCGUGGAGUUGUUGCCGCUGCCCCUGUCGCCCGCGUUGCCCAUGUCGCCGCCGCCCCUGUGGCCGUUGCAGCACCAGUUGUCGCUGCCGCCCCUGUGGCUGUUGCAGCUCCAGUCGCCCACGUCGCCGCCGCCCCUGUGGCCGUUGCAGCUCCAGUAGCCCGUGUCGCCCACGUCGCCACCCCGGUCGCCGUCGGCUACGGGCACGGCUACGGUUACGGCGAUAUACACUUGCUACAACUAACCCAGAGAUUUAGUGUUCCCAAUUUGCCACCAAAAGGGAAAUCCCAAGCAUCUAAGACAAAGGCGUCUUUAGCUUUCUUUUAA